AUGUCCUCGCGGAGAUCGGGCCGCACCUCGGGCGCCUCCGCCCUGCGCGAUGCCCCGUCCUCGCCUGACGACUCUAACAUCAGCGUCAACGUGAAGACGUCGGCAUCCAGGUCGCGACAGGCCGCCCGCGGCGCUUCCUCUCGCCGCGCCGAGAAGUUUGAGGGUGGCGAAAUCGUGACGGGCACCCGGAAUCGCGGGGGCCGUAAGAAUUAUGUGAUCGACUCCAGCCCAGACGAUGACGAAGAGGAGGAAGAGGAGGCGGAGAUUGACGACGCCGAGGAAGAUGAUGAUGACGUGGACGAAGACGCUGAAGGCGAGGAGAUGGAAGUCGACGCCGAGGGCGAAGACGUCGAUGCCGAAGGCGAGGAGGACGCCGAGGGAGAGGAUGCAGAUGGCGACAUAGACAUGGGCGUCCGCACCGCUCCCACCAUCCGGGUCUCGCACUCGUCGUCAACCCGCCCCGCCGCUCGCGCAGCUGCAUCCAAGAUUGUGGCCGACGAAGAAGAUGAGGAGGACGAGGAAGACGAUGACGACGAGGAGCUCAGCGACCCUGGCGAGAGCGACGGCGGCGACCAGACCCUGGGCUUCGCAGACGAGACAAUGGCCGACGACGACGAGGACGCCGAGGGCGAGGAAAUUGAGGUGGCCGGCGAGGAAGACGAGGAGGACGAGGUCGAGGAGGAAGAGCUAGGAGAGGGAGGAGCCCCAGCUGCGGAACUCGACAGUGACGAGGAUGGGAGCCGGGCCGCCACCCCCGACCUCGGUAAGAUGACCAAACGGCAGCGGGCACGUUUUGAGGAGGAGCCUCAGGAGUACAUGAAGCUCUCCGACGAGGUUCAAGCCAAGAAGGUAUUCACGGCCGAGGAACUCUCGAUGCGCCGGCAGGAGAUGGCCCGCCGGCGACGGAAUCUUAGUGAGAAGAGAACCGAGGAAGUCAAGAUGGAAACCAUCAACAAACUCCUCAAGAAGCAAGCCCCCAAGAUCAACCGCAAGGCCGCCGCCGCACGCGGUGCCACGCCCGAGGACGACCAGCCAAAGGCGGACCCCCUGUUCAUCCGCUGGGUCAGCUCCAAGAGCGGCGUCAGCGUGUCCGUCCCCGAGGAUAUUGUCACGGGGCCAGCGGGCCGGGUGUUUGCCAAGGCUGGCGGUGGACUUGCAUCGGGCAAGAUGGUGGAGGAGGUCGCCUGA